GUCCAAGAAUCCAUAUCGAGAAAUUAAGGGCAGAGUUGAAGAAAGGGAAAGAUCUUAUGCGGAAUUGUUCGCAAAUAUCAUUCUGGGACUGCUUCAGCAAGGAUAGAUACUCGCAACAAAUGGUCGAACUGAAUAAAACUUUGCUUGAGUGUUUCCAUACGGAAGUUUUGGCAGAUACAUGGCUUGUCAGUCAACAGAUCCUUGUUAAUCUCAGAGAAGAGAAAAAGGUGAUCAGUUCGAGACCAGAAGUUUCAUGCUCUGCGCCAGUCCCAGACACGACCUUUGGAUUGGAUUUGCCACUGAUGGAACUGAAGAAGAUGUUAUUGUUUAGAGAGGAUGUGAGGGUUCUUGGUCUGUGUGGCCCUCCAGGUUGUGGGAAGACAACUUUAGCUGCCAUGCUUUGCCGAGAUAAAGAUGUGAAAGACAGUUUCAAGAACAAUAUAUUCUUUGUUAGAGUUUCAAGCACACCUAACUUGAAAGAGAUAGUAGAGAGAUUGUUUCAACAGAUGAUGAACGGAACACGUACAUUCCUAGAUGAUGAAGAUGCAGUAAUCCAGCUGGGAAACCUGUUGGAGAGGGAGCCGAAGGCCACAUUGUUAGUUCUAGAUGAUGUUUGGGAUGACUCAGUUGUUCAGAAAUUUGUCUUCAGGAUAAAAGAAUAUAAGAUCCUGGUUACUUCAAGAACUGAAUUUCCAACGUUGGAUGAUACAUAUUCUUUGAAAAUGCUGACUGAACCAGAUGCCAUGGCACUCUUUCGUCACUCAGCAUUAUUUCCUCAGAGUGGGAAUGGGAAUAGGAACUAUGAAGAGCCUGAUUGGGAUCUUCUAAACAAGAUAGUGAGUGGUUGCAAGGGACUACCACUUGCUCUUACGGUGAUUGGCCAUUCAUUGCGUAGGCAACCUCCCAGGGUGUGGCAAUACACUGAGAGGAAGAUGUCAAGUUGCUCCAUUUUUGAGUCCCACACUGUUUUGUUAAAUAGUCUUGGAACAAGCAUAGAUAUUUUGGAGAAGAAUGUUCAAGAAUGUUUUAUGGACUUGAGUUCCUUUCCGGAAGACCAAUGGAUCCCUGCUUCAUCUCUGAUAGAUAUUUGGGUUGAACUUCAUGGAAUAAAUGAAGUUGAUUCUUAUUUCAACCUCCGUGAACUUUCCACUAAAAAUCUUGUUAAUCUGAUUGAAAUCUCAAGAGAUGCAGGGGAGAUUGAUGGCAACAUGAAUAAGCUAUUUGUUACCCAGCAUGAUCUACUCAGAGAAUUGGCUAUCUACCGGAGCCAGCAGCAGGGUACAAGGUUAAUCAUGGACGAAAGAAGAGAAGAUAGCCUUCUCAAGAGAAAAAGGGAACAAGAGUUCAGUGCACGCCUCGUCUCUAUCCACGCAGGUGAAAAGUUCUUGUCAAACUGGUGCGACAUGCAUUUUCCUGAAGCUGAGGCUUUAAUCCUUGAUUUUUUUGCGACUAAGUACACUUUACCACCAUUCAUGGACAAAAUGGAGAAGCUGAAGGUUCUAAUUAUCGUAAAUCAUGGGCACUACUAUACCCAAUUGAGUUGUUUGACAACACCUGGCUAUUUCUCCCAUUUAAAGAGAGUGAGGCUGGAAAAGGUUUUGAUCCCUUCCCUCAAUGAAAUCUCAAUGCCAUUGAAGAACUUGCAGAAGAUAUCAUUGUUCAUGUGUCAGUUUGGUCCAGUGUCGAGCUGUGAAAUCGACUUUCCCUACGUGUUUCCAAACCUUGUUGAGAUGGAUAUUGAUUAUUGCAAUGAUCUUGUGGAAUUGCCUCAAGGGAUUUGCCAUCUUGCCCACCUACAGAAUCUCAGCAUAACUAACUGUCAUGAAUUAUCUGCACUACCUGAGGGAAUUGGAUGUAUGAGAGAUUUAAAAGUGCUAAGGCUGCAUGCUUGUACGAAAUUGUCUGAGCUACCUGACUCUUUAAGAGAACUAGAGGAGCUAAGGUUUCUUGAUAUAUCUGACUGUAUCAAUGUGGAGCUGCCUGAAUGGAUUAGUGAUCUCCAUAGUUUAAGAAAGGUCAACAUGGGAGGUUGCUCAGAAGUGAAUGAAUUGCCUUGUUCGGCCAUUAACCUUGUGCAUCUAAAGAAUGUUAUCUGUGACGAAGGGACUGCCAAUCUCUGGAAACGUCUCAAAUUUCAUUUACCUGAGCUGAACAUUACAGUGCGUAAAGAUGACAACAACUUAUUCUGGCUUGGUGAUCUUAAGAGCCACAAACUACGUUCUUGAGGUAGGAUAACUUACCUGUCCACUUUGUUUUCCAUAGGGAUGUGAAAAUCAUUACUGUAUGUUAUUGACGAUAGAUUUAUGACCUUUAGAUGCUCUUUAAGAGUUCAGUUGAUAAGAUAAAAAAUAGCAGGUCUAUUUGCAGGUA